CUCCAUGGGAAUUCCAUCGGAUUUUUCCUCAAAACACUUGUGAAUGGCGUUUUGCCCUUUGUGAUCAGAAAUCUUGAGAAAAACUGCCCCAAAUCUCUGAAUUCCUGCACUUACAGGCCUGAAAUAGAUGAGCUGAAUCCUAAUUGAACUACAAGUACUCUCAACAAGCAAUGUCUCUCAUUGAUGUGGAUUCUUGGAUUACGGAAUAUGAGGCCUGUGAACGUCUCAGUCGCGAAAUCCAGUCGCAGAUUGUGCUGCGGAACCGAGAAAAGAGGCUUUCAGAUGAGUAUUCGAAGCUCUCCGGGAAUGUCCGGAUGCGCCUUAAGCAAUUCUCCAAUGAGCUGGGAUCUUUGGAUACAAAGUUAGAACAAGCACGGCGCUUGGGUAAUCUAACCACUGAGGAAGCCGAGCGGAGGCAGCGACAGCUGGAGAUGCUUCAAUCAAAGCUGAUUCAACUUCAAAGUCAAUUUUCGAGCACUGGAGAUACUUCCCGGAGCGCUCUCCUUGAACCUGGCACAUCCAGGUUGUGGGACGAUGAGGAGGAUGAUCAGCUUCUGGAUACCAAUACGUACUCAGCUACGGAUUUCCGGCAGCAGCAGGCUCAAAUUCUUGAGAAUCAAAACCAGGGACUGGAAGCUCUUUCGAGGGUCAUUUCUCGGCAGAAGGACCUCGCCAUCCGGAUUGGGGACGAAGUAGAGGGUCAGAAUGAGAUCAUCGACGAUAUUGCCGAUCAACUGGAGCACACGGAUUCCCGAAUCCACAAUGAAACCCGAAGAAUUGAAGUUGUCAGCGCCAAAGAUCGCACCUGGCCUUACUGGACCAUCAUCAUCAGCCUGUUCGUGGCCAUCAUAAUUGUGGCUAUCAUUUAGCAAAACACCCAUUCGUUUCUAACAAUAAAUUUAUUAACUAUCCCCCACAGCUCGGCUUCUUCUCUCAAUCAAUUGUUAAAUAGUUUUUUUUAUUUGCAAGCGACAGAAAAAGCAAAUUACAAUUCAUGAACAUGGGGCACAGUUGCCAGAUUGCCGACGGCUCCCAGGGCCAAUUUUCCAGACGCCACCCUCUUGGCCACCUGAAAAAAACCAGAAAUUAUCAACCUAUUUCCAAGAGCUUCCAGCUUUUUUUGGGGAAAAUUUUGUUAAAAAAUACAUUGUAUAAAUUAGGUAAAGAAAAUAUAUCAAUAAAUUUGCAAAAUAAUAAUCUAUUCUAUUGUAUGAAAAAUAAAUUUGGAAAAAGAAUAAAAA